UUUAACAUACAUUUGACUGGUACAAUUAAUAUAAGUAGUAUGUUAAUGAAAAACGUUUCAAUGACUUGUCUUAAAAUUAAAAGUCAUAAUAAAUAGUGAUAAGUUCUAUGAUGAUUACGAAUUACAAAGUAUUCUACAAUAAAGGUAUAGAUUGUUUGGUUUAAUAUAAUAUAUUUAUAAACAUUGUAAUUAUAAUGUGGACUAAUUACAAACGGUUGUUGAAUGGCAUUAAAGUAAAUACAAUUACUAGUAUUUCUUAUAAAAGCCAUUACCAAGCACUUAAUAUCCCCAAAAAUGCCACACACAAAGAAAUAAAGGAUGCUUAUUACAGACUCUCAAUGAUAUAUCAUCCAGAUAAAAAUAAAGGAAGUGAAGAAGCGGCAAAAAUUUUUCGAGAUAUAUCUGAAGCUUAUGAAGUUUUAGGAAAUGUUCGUCAAAGAAGAUUAUACGACAGUGGAGCUAACCUUAAUCAAAAAAAUGCAAAACAUAGUACUCAACAACCAUUUGAAACAAUGAAAACCUCAAGUGAUAUGUAUAAAACAGAUAUCCGUAGCAGAGAAUAUAAUUUUAAUGAAUGGUCUAAAGCUCACUACACAAAUGUUUUUCAAAAACAAUAUACUGCUCGAGAAAUGCUUUCUAAAAAAAAAAAAAAUGAUGACUAUGCAGAACAACACAAUACCUACAGUGCUAUGGCAUUUUUAGUAUUUUCAACUAUUUUUGUUUUAAUUUAUAUGAUGGAAUACAUAAAAACAGCUGUCCAUAAGCAUGAUGAAAUUAAAAGAUUUGAAAAAAAAAAAGAUUCAAAGUUAUACAAUAAUAAUUACUAUUUGUAACCAAUGAACAAUGAUACUAAGUAGUUGGUACGUCGUACGUGGGCAUUAUGCUACAUUGCUACUUUCAACAUUGUCGACUAAUUCGU